CAAAAUGGGUUUCGGUGAUUAUCCAGCUGAUUACAACCCAAAGGUGCACGGGCCAUACGAUCCAGCUCGUUUCUAUGGCAAAGCUGAUGUCCCAUUCGGUCAAGUCAAGCUCGGCGAGAUAGGCGCCUGGCUGGGACGCCGCAACAAGACUCCCAAUGCUCUUGCUGGUGCUGUGAGCCGUGCCUGGUGGCGUUGGCAGCACAAGUACGUGUUCCCCAAACGUGCCGGAAUCGCUCCCUUUUUCCAGCUGACCGUGGCCAGCAUGACUUUCUUCUACUUGAUCAACUACGGCAAGUUGAAACACCACAGGAACUACAAGUACCACUAAGCUAUCGUCUCUUCCGAAGCCUUAGUGUACACUUUAUUCUCUUUUUAUUUUAACUUUCAAUCAACACGAUUGGGACAGCAUUGGCGAGAGCGCGACAGCUUAAAUAUUACAAUAUAUGUUUUGAGUUUUGUGUUUUCGAAAUCGCUAAAGUGAAUAAAACGGCUGCGAAUACUAGUGUUGCACCUAACCUCAUUAGAGGAAAAUCAA